UGUGUAACAUUGAUAUGCAAUCGAUAUACAUCAAAGCAUCGUAGAAAAUGCCUAUGAUCAAGAGCGAGGGUAAUAUAUAUAGCGAGCAAAAUUGUUCAGCUUUCCAAAUGUCUGAGGGAAAUCCCGGAAGUCGGUCGGGGAAACCCCAGUGACGUCACACCGAAUCUCCUGUCGCCAUGUUAUUAGACGCAGAGUUUGUUGUCAUUUUGUGACAGUUUCAGUUUUUACUUGGCUUCUGGUUUUAAUAUCCUAAACAUGUCACUUGAAGAUCCAUUUUUCGUCGUACGAGGUGAGGUGCAGAAGGCGCUGCAGACAGCUGGUGGACUGUACACGCGCUGGAGGGAGCUGCACUCACAGACAGGAGGGGGGUCAAAAGAAGAGUUGGAAUGGACCACAAAUGAAUUACGGAACAGUUUGAGAAGUAUAGAAUGGGACUUGGAAGAUCUAGAAGAAACUGUUGGUAUUGUUGAAAAAAAUCCAAAGAAAUUCAAAAUUGAUGAAUUUGAGCUGAAAGAACGACGCAGUUUCAUUGACAAGACCAAAUGGACAGUGAAGGAUAUGAAGGAUGAGUUGUCCAGCCCAGGGUCGCACAAAGCUCGUGAGGGAAAUCCCAGACAGUCUCUUCUUUCGGCCAAUGGUGGGAAUGUUGACCGAUACACUCGCCUUGACCAAGACAUGGAACGGUCAAAUCAGAACUACAUUGAUGAUACAAGUCAGCAACAGCAGUUGCUUAUGAGGUCACAGGAUGAACAGCUGGACAAGAUAGGUUCCAGUGUUGGCAUUCUCAAGAACAUGAGCCAGCAGAUUGGAUCAGAGCUAGAAGAUCAGAAUUUGAUGCUUGAUGACUUUCGGCAUGAAAUGGACAAUACUGAAUCAAGAUUAGAUGUUACCAUGAAGAAAAUGGCCAAAGUUUUACACAUGUCUAAUGAUAGACGGCAAUGCUGUGCAAUAGUAGUUUUAUCAGUUGUUUUAGUGAUUGUGAUAAUACUGUUCUUUGUUCUUGGAUGAUGGCAGAUUAUAAUCAUGUGACAGUCUACCAUUCCAUAUGCAGUGCAAAGUUGUCUUAUCAAUUGGAAAACUGAUAAACAGAGACACUUAGACACUCCUGUAUCUUGUCCAUGAUGUAGAUGGAGACAGUGAACAAGAUCUACCUGCAUAUCUUGUCUGUGGUGUAGACUGGUAUUCAGAGACAGUAACAAGAUCUACCUGCAUAUCUUGUCUGUGGUGUAGACUGGUAUUCAGAGACAGUAACAAGAUCUACCUGCAUAUCUUGUCUGUGGAGCCAGCAAAGAACAGCCUUCUCAGUAUAUCUGGGUGAACAAGGAGUCAGCGAGGCAUCUGGUCUGUAGUCACACACAGGUCCUGGGAUUAACAAGUUGUUCCCAGGUGCUGUUAUUCAACCUCUGGACUUUUUCAUUUAAGACUUUCUCAAUUCAGCUUAGUAUGUUUGUAUCUAAUGUUACAGUUUUGAAAAGGUGUGUUAUUUUUUUCUGAUCACAGGUCAAAAAGAGGAAAAGGACUUUAAACUAAAAAAAUAUCUCUGAAUUUUCAAAAAAAAAAGAACCUUAUUUUUUAUCUUUCUUAGACACUUAACUUAGAUUGAUAGAUGAGGUCAUGCUGUCCCUGCGUUUUAAAAG